UCUCAAUCAAAACUAACCCAUCCCAAUAGCAACACUAUACACCAAAAAACACACCCUUACACCCUCACCCAAGACACCCACUACGAAAGCUAAGAACGAAGAAAAUUAAAAGACAAAAUGUCCAAACCCACCGCAGCGACAUCAGACACCGCCUUCCGCAAAACCUGGGACAGAGAAGAAUACGCCAAAAAAGCCGCAGACGAAGAAAGCAAACGCAAAGAAGAAUCCAAAGCACGAUAUGAAGCCAAGCUACUCGGCAAAAAAUGGCACGCGCCGGUCGACUACAGCUCUUUGGAGGCCACGACAUCCCGAAAACAGCGACUAGAUGUGGCGUCGAUGGUGGGCAAGACCACGAUUGUGGCGGCUGGGUCAGCGGUGGGCAAGAGAGGCCGGGGAGCCGGUUUCUACUGUGGGGACUGUGAUCUUACUUUCAAGGAUAACUUGCAGCUUGUGGAGCAUUUGAAUAGUAAGCAGCAUUUGAUCGCGACGGGACAGAGUGGCGAAGUGACAAGGGCUACUGUUGAGGAUGUGCGGCAGCGGUUACGGUUGCUUGCACAUCAGAAGCGGGUGCGAGAGGAGGAGGAACGGAGGGCUUGGCAGCUUGACCUCGGGGCUAGGCUUCAAGAAAGGGAGGAGCAGGAGGCUAAGGAACGAGAGGAGAAGAGGAGGAAGCGGAAUGAGAAGCGGCGCAAAGGUGGAGACGGGAUUAAGCAGGAAGAAGACAGCUGGGAGGGUCGGCUGGGAAUCAUCGCAUGAAUAGGUUCUUUUGGUUCGUUUUGGGACGUGCUGGCUUGUACACGGAUGGGUGCUUUAUGGUCGAUAAAAGUUGCAGUAUACCCUCGGCGUUCUGGUUUCGGUCUGGGCAUUUUAUGGUCCUUCAAUUGGAUCUCAAAUCAAGAAAACACGUUUAUAUAUCGCGCUGUUAUUUAGCGAAAUUGCAUGGAAAUAAUAGUUGUACCAGUCGUGAAGAAAAAAAAAAAAAAAAUAUUAAACAAGGAUAUCCAAC